UUUCUCUUCUUCCUCUCUUUCUUUUCCUUUCUUCCUCUCUUUCUUUUCCUUUCUGCCUCCCGUCUCCUUCUUCAUUUUCUUACCUUUUUUUUUUCUACUUCCUUUUUUUUGUCAUUUCCUCUCUUCUUUUCUCUCUUCCCUUUUCUUUCUCAUUUCCUUCUAUUUCCUUUUCUUUCCUCUCUUUUUUCUCUCCACUUCUUCAUCCUUUCUUUCCUUUUUUUUUUUUUUUUUCUUUCCGAGCCUUGUGCACUUGUGGGACCCGUCUCACGAGUGUACGGCGUCUGCCACGUCCCCGGAUUUGGGUUCUGGGGCGUGACAGAUUUAGUGGUAUCAGAGCUUAGGUUAAAUUAAGUACUUGGAGAUUUUGUGAUACCAGAUUUAGUGGUAUCAGAGCUUGGGUUUGAUUAAGAUUUAGUGGUAUCAGAGCUUAGGUUAAAUUAAGAUCUUGUGAUGUCAGAUUUUGUGGUAUCAGAGCUUAGGUUAAAUUAGAUAUCUGGAGAUUUAGUGGUAUUAGAGCUUAGGUUGAAAUUAAGAGUUUAAGAUUAAAUUAAGCACCUCCAGAUUGAGUGGCAUCAGAGCAGAUUGAGUGAUAUCGAGCCUAGGUUUAAUUGAAUACCUAGGAUUUGUUUUGGACUUGGCUAGCCAGUGGAUUUUAGACCCAUGAAAUGGAUAAUGAUUAUUGGAAUCCUCAUUAUCUUGAUUCUUGUCUGAAAUUAAUUAUUGCACUGUUCUUGAAAUCUAUUUUGAAUUGUCCUUGGAAACCAUUCUUGUCUUGACCCUUGCUCUUGUUCGAAUUUUGUAUACUGCCCUUGCUCAAGUCCUGCAUAUUCUGUUAGUUCUUGUUUCAGUAUACUUGUUGAUCUUCUUGAUUCUUGGUUUUUGUUCAUAUGGACACCUCUUUAGGAGGGGAUGACUUGAUUGUAAAUCUGUUUAGCCUCCAUGAGCUACAAGGUGAAGGGGUAGUCUUUGAAGUACCUGAUGCCCUAGAGUUUUGUUCCAAGUGAAAUGGUUCUUUGAUCUGGCUGCUUGGAUUUUUGUUUGCCCUUUUAAUUAGAAGAUAGUAAUCUUCUAAGCAUCUUGAUCCCAGCCAUUGCUUUGUUCUGUUAAUUAAUUCUAGUACUUGAGGUGCUAGAUCUUGACAUCUUGGUUAUAUCUGUUCUUGAAUUCGUGUGCUGGUUGUCAUUAUUGAAAUCUCUUUUGUGGGCCUAAUUUUUGAAAUUCUAUUGCUUGUUUCAUGGUUAACUCUUGUCUUUCAAUUUUGACUGCUUGGUUAAAUUUGAUCUUAAUUCUUGGUGAAUGCCGUUUUGUUGUUGAAUUUUUGAGGCAUUCUACCUAGCACUCUUGUGUUCCAGUAUUCUUCCAAGCAUUCAUAUUUUCUAUUGAUUUUAUUCUGUUGCAAUUCUUGAGAGUCUUCCAUGUCUUUUGAUGGUCUUAGCUUUUAACUCUUGUUAAUUGCUAAAAUUUGUUUCUUGAUUCCAAUUGCUUUGUUAAAUAUGACCUUGCCUAUUGGUUAAUCUUGUUUUGUGGCAAAAUGUAUAAGGCAUCCAUGCACUCGUUCAUUCAUUCAUGAUCCAUAUAUCUGUUGGAUGCUUAUCCGUCUUUGAUAGAGUUCAAAGUUUUGUUGUAUUCAUCUUUAAAUCCAUGCCAUUCUUUGCCAACUUGUCUUGUGAUGGGUUCAUAGCGUAACCCCACAAUUGUUCUUUUGUGGCUUUGGCAGGAUUUAUUUUUAUUCCUUGUGCUUUCCGUAUUACCCCAGCCUCCAGUAGCUUAUUUGAUGGCAAAUCUUGUUAAGUGAUUAGUGUUCUGCUUUUUAAGAUUAGUCGUGAUUUGUUUUCAGAGUGGCGCAGCGGAAGCGUAAUAGGCCGUGUUCUGUUCCUAGAAAGUGAUGAGGCAAUUGUUUUGUCUCGGAUUGUGUGAAGCCACUCACCACUUGAUAUGGUCCUCAAUUUGAGUUUUGGGGACAAAACUCCUUUUUAGGAGGGGUGAGUGUAAUAUCCC